AUGCAAACGCUGAUACUUAUUCUUCUCAUAGUAUUACCUCAACUAUGUACACCUCUUAAUUGUUAUUCAUGCUCGGGAACAACAGGUUGUAAUGAACCAUUUAAUUCUCUUGGUUCUGGUGUUUCAACAACAGGAACAAUUGCAGCAAAUACUUAUUGUAUAAAAAGGAACUAUGUUGGAACAAUAUAUCGAUCAGGUGGUUCAUCAUGCACAGACUAUUGGUAUUCAUCUAAUGCUUAUCAAACUUGUUGUCAAUCUGACUUCUGCAAUCGAACAAGAAAGAUAAACUUUAAUUUUAUCUUAAUCAUCUUUUUAUGUUGUUUUGCUUUUAUUGGAAUAUUUUCUAAAUUUGAAAAUGAAACUUUUUAA